GCGGGAGCUGCGCUGGCCAGGGGUUCCGGCUGCAUUCCCGUGAGCGCCGCCGGCAGCUGCGGAGCUGCAGGAGCCGGAGUCGGGGCGAGCUGGGCGGCUGUAGUCAUCCACGUACAGGUUUUAGGUUAUUGGAAUAAGAGAUCAGACCUGACCAGCCCAGCCGAACAACUCCUCGAGGAUAAUUAAUACUCACAGUAGAGAGCAACAAGUGAAAUAGGUACAGAUCUCUUUGAGAAUCUGAUUAAAGCUGUGAACCCUCUCCCCAGAAAAUGAUCAAGAUGAAUGCCAUGCUGGAGACCCCUGAGCUCCCGGCCGUGUUUGACGGAGUGAAGCUGGCUGCGGUGGCUGCCGUGCUGUACGUCAUUGUCCGGUGUUUGAACCUGAAGAGCCCCACAGCCCCACCUGAACUCUACUUCCAGGACUCGGCGCUCUCCCGCUUUCUGCUCAAGUCCUGUCCACUUCUGACCAAAGAAUACAUUCCACCGUUGAUCUGGGGGAAAAGUGGACACAUCCAGACAGCCUUGUAUGGGAAAAUGGGAAGGGUGAGGUCACCACACCCAUAUGGACAACGGAAAUUCAUCACCAUGGCUGAUGGAGCGACUUCUACCUUCGACCUCUUUGAGCCCUUGGCGGAGCACUGCGUUGGAGAUGAUGUCACCAUGGUCAUCUGCCCUGGAAUUGCCAAUCACAGUGAGAAGCAGUACAUCCGCACCUUCGUCGACUAUGCCCAGAAAAAUGGCUAUCGGUGCGCUGUGCUGAACCACCUGGGUGCCCUGCCCAACAUUGAACUGACCUCGCCACGCAUGUUCACCUACGGCUGCACUUGGGAAUUUGGAGCCAUGGUCAACUACAUCAGGAAGACGUACCCCCUGACUCAGCUGGUCGUCGUGGGCUUUAGCCUGGGUGGUAACAUCGUGUGCAAAUACAUGGGGGAGACUCAGGCAAACCAAGAAAGGGUCCUGUGCUGCGUCAGCGUGUGCCAGGGAUAUAGCGCACUGAGGGCCCAGGAAACCUUCAUGCAGUGGGAUCAUUGCCGGAGGUUUUACAACUUCCUCAUGGCUGACAACAUGAAGAAAAUCAUCCUCUCGCACAGGCAAGUACUUUUUGGAGAUCGUGUUAAGAAACCCCAGUGCCUGGAGGACACAGACCUGAGCCGGCUCUAUACAGCAACGUCCCUGAUGCAGAUUGAUGACAACGUGAUGAGGAAGUUUCAUGGCUAUAACUCCCUGAAGGAAUAUUAUGAGGAAGAAAGCUGCAUGAGGUACCUGCACAGGAUUUAUGUGCCUCUCAUGCUGGUUAAUGCAGCUGAUGACCCCCUGGUGCAUGAAAGUCUUAUAACCAUUCCAAAAUCUCUUUCAGAGAAACGGGAGAACGUCAUGUUUGUGCUGCCUCUGCACGGGGGUCACCUGGGCUUCUUUGAGGGCUCCGUGCUGUUCCCCGAGCCCCUGACGUGGAUGGAUAAGCUGGUGGUGGAGUACGCCAACGCCAUUUGCCAGUGGGAGCGGAACAAAUCCCAGUGCUCCGACACGGAGCAGGUGGAGGCCGACCUGGAGUGAGGCCGCCGGACUCUGGUGCGCUCCAGUGGCCUCCUCUGGGACCCGCGCCCCCUUGCCGGCUGUUUCAGGUCUCCCAUCUCCCUCAGUGACCUGGAUCUGACCUCACACCAUCAGAGGGGCCGCCCAUCAGGCACACCUGUCUUGGAGCCAGCAGCUCUUCCCAGGAGCUGCAGGCUCUUUUUGUGCUGAGGUUACUGGUCUCAUCCAUUGCAUUGUUAGCCAUGGUGACAAGCGACAGGGUUCUUACCCACCUGUCCAGUGUCAGCAUUUGGUUGCUUUUAAGCCAAUUAAGUCUAGUUUCCCCAUUAAAAAUGUGUCGGAACCGCAGUUUUGAUUUGCCAAUCAAAAGGCUUUUCCCCAAGAACGGUGUGAGGUGUAUGUUAGUUUUGUGGUGGUUAUAUGCGCCCUUACGUAGAAACUGCAAAGAGCUCACCAGCUGAGCCCAGCGCUGAAGAUGCAACUCAGCGUGGGCGAUGCUGGCCUCCCAGACCGGGACUGUGACCUCUUAAAACGGCAAAGGAAAUUCCCUUGAGUCACAAGCCAAGUUUUCUCCCUCACUAUCUUCUAAGACAGUUCCCCCACGCUUUCCUGGUGAUAAGAGUUACCUGGGGCGCUUGUGAAAAAUUCAGCCUCCCAGGUCCUUCCCUUUGGAGAGGCUGAUUCCAUGGGUCUAGGAGGGGGCCUGGGGAUUUUAAUUUUUGACCAGUGCCCCAGUUGAUUCUUAUCACCGGGCGAAUUUGGGAAACACUGUUCUACAGAGGCCUUUAAAUUAGAAACAUCUUGGUAGCUCAUUUUAUUGAAAUGUAUCAUCAGAGGUGUCUGUUGGUUCCCAGGGGCUUCAGAGGCAGCAAGGCCUGCCAUAUCGCUGCCCUUGUGUGACCACUAUGUGAUUUCUCGGGAAGAGCCCUGAGCUGGGAGUGAAGAGUGUGGGCCGUGGCUCUGGCUCUGCAUCUCACUGGCUGUAUGAUCCUGGAAAAAUCCCUUUGGACUUUAGUUUCCUCAUCCAUAAAAUGGGGGGCUGGGACCAGGUAGAUUGCUGAGAUCACUACCAGUUCUAAAGCUCAAUGACAAACUCAGUUUGCUGAGGUUUGAGAGACGAUCCUUCCAGGAGAGCAUGGGAGCUCUUCCCCCAGUCUGAGCAUGUAGUCUUGACGUUGUCAUUUCCUUUUCUUUUUUGUCCUUCGUUCCAUAUAGAGGUUUUUGGUUUGGGUUUGGUUUUGUUUAAAGCAGUGGUUUGUAAUUUUUGUUUGUUUGUUUGUUUGUUUUUAACCCAGGUAUCUCUGACUCUGGCUUUUGAUUUCAAACAGUUCAAAAGUUGGACCUGAGUUUGGAGAAUGAUAUUUCCAACUGAAGAGGGUGUUGUUAUAAAAUCAGAUUUGUGGUUUAAUAUCCCAUAUUUGUGUUCUAUUGGAUAGAUCUUUCCAAAGUGUGUCUUCUCAAAUCAAAAUGUCACUCUAGGUUUCAAGUACGCCUUUCCUCCAAUCCUGUGGUACUUGAAUAUCUAAAAACCCUGCACUUUGAAAAAUCCGCAGUUGCUAUCUGGAACUAAAUGGAAUUACAGGUGAAACUGCCUGGAUACUUUUAAAAAAGAUUUUCCCUUCUUCAGCUCCUUUGGCUCCAGGACAGACAAGAAUAUAAUAGUGGGUCUGUGUGGAUGUUGAAGGGGUACAGGGAGGUACCUGAGCGCCUAAACGCAGAACCUCAUGGCUGCAGGUGGGCGUAGUUUGGGCAUUGGUCCAAGUGACUAUGACGGUAAUGUCUGUAACCUGAAUAAGUGUUUUCUGACAAUCACCAGAUAUCCUGACUAAUGACAUCAGACACAACCAUUAUCUAAAGGGACUGAGGUUUCUGUGGUCUCAGCUUUGCUUUUGUAUAGUUUCUCACAUUCCCCCAAAUUCUGUCAUCGUGACUUUCCCUCCAAGUUGUCAUUUCUCCAGUGCGUUUCCUUUUCAUGUUCUUUUAGCACAAAUUUGCACUUUAUCAUCUACCCCUCAAUUUGGAAGCUAGUCCCUCUCCUUUGUUACUUUUCCCUCCACCCAACCACAGCUGUAAUCAAGAAGGUCCAUACACAUCUCCUGCUACUGCUUUCAUGUCUCAAGACUCUUCGUGAAAUUAGGUAAACCAAGGAAUAGCUUAAUAGGGCUGAAUCACCAUCACAGGAAGCAAGAAAGUUCUUUCAUAGGCCCCAUCUCUUGACCUAUUCUGCCAAAUCAGUGGCCCCGAUCCUGGGUCCAUUCGGAGGAGAAAAGACAGUUCUGAGGUCACGUUCACAGAGUACAGGGGUCGGGGAGCCCAGGAGCCUUUGCUCCUUGGAAGACUGGCUCUUGGAGAGCACGGUUCUGGUUCUUCACAGCAGUUCCGGUGGCCUCCAUGGAGGCGAGGAGGGCUGGGAGCGUAGCUGUUCUUGCCGCACAAUGAGGAUUUUGCCCACAGGAUCAUGGGGGCCAGGUCCCAGCUGAAAUCUUUUUAGUGUUUGACUCUGAAUGGCACUCACAUGGGAUCAACUGAAGCCCUUUGUUCAAGCUUCAGGCUCUCAGGCAUGAAAACGAGAAUGCGACUGUGACUGUCUCACAGGAAAAUUCACGUUUGCUCCUGAAAUGGAGCACAGACGCCCUGAAUUCACUGAGAUGCAAGCUGGCCUAAUAAAUGGGGGAGGAGCAUUUUACAUGUAGGUCAUCGGUUUCCUCCCUCCAGGUUUCCUUGCCCUUCUUUCCAGACUCAUUCAGUUCUGAUGAUAAUAUAAGUUCUCUUCCUACUAUUAAGAUCCUAUGUGGGCUAAAACAAGGCUGAAUUUUCAAAGAGUAUUUACCGUAUUUUACGCAAAUAACGUGCACCUUCCUCGUUUGUUUGCUAGCCGGGCCUUCCCCCCACCCCCCACCCCGCCCUGUAUUUUCCUAAGUGCUAUGCUAUUUUUUUUUUUUUUAACGGCAACCUGUGGAAGAGGCAUGGUGGUGCUUAUGAGGCUGCCUGGGUGGGGAGGGCACUGGCCAGCAAGCAAACACAUUUGUGUAAAAAUAUGGUGGAUGUUAUAUUUUAAAAUCUGAUUAAGGACAUAAAUUGCACAGACAUAGACAAUUCUAUUGUCUUGCUAGACCAAAAGGGAGAAAAUGCCCACAUUUCUCUUGUUCGUACUCCUUUCCUCCUAAAAAAUGUGGGGACACUGAUGAGCAAUUGAUCCCAGUCGAAUUAGGAUUAUCUGAUCCAAGAAACAGGGUCAAGUCUAGCUGAUGCAUCAUGUUAGAAAGGAGCUUAACAGACUUGAAGAAAACCUCUUCUCUUUCCUGGUGUAACUUUACACCCGUGAUUCCAGAGUGGAAUGAAGGCAGAAAGGUGUUUGUCAUUAGUAUAUCCUUUUAAGCUUUCUGCAGCAUUUUACACUUACAGGGAACUCUAUGACAUACCAUAAAAGUGGAAAUAUACCUGAAACGGAAGUGUUACUUUCUUGGCAUGAUGUUAUAGAACCAGGACCCAGGAGACGUGGGUUCUUCUCCUGUCUCUAAUUCACACUGGAUCUUGGGCAAGGACCUUUACCUCCUCUGAGCCAGUUUCCUCAUCUUAGACCAUCUCCAAGACCCCACUCCUAAAACCACUUCAUCUGUUUACACAUCAUUUGACUGGAAAUUCCCACUUGGCUUGUCUACAGCCCUUGCAGGUAGAAAGCAGAUAUAUCCAGGCUCAAGGCUUAUCUUGCAGGGACUUGGAGAAAGAGAGCUUCUGCAUUAAACCUUUCCUGGUGACCAGUAACCAGUUGCCAUCAAGUUGACUCUAACUCACAGUGACCCCAUGUAUGUCAGAGCAGAACUGUGCUCUGGAGGGUUUUCAAUUUCCGAUCUUUCAGAAGUAGAUCACCGGGCGUUUCUUCUGAGGAACCUGUGGGUGGACUCUUACGCUUUCGGUUAGCAGCUCAGCUUGUUAUCUGUAUGCACCCCCAAGAACUCCUUUCCUGGCGAAGACCCUUGAUAUUAUCUAAAGCCCUGUGUCCUUGACUGACUUCUCUUCAGUGUCAUUACCAUCUCAAUAUCCUUGUCCUGUUCCCAGGGUGGUCUUGUGACUGUGGCAGGUGCUGCCUUUGGAAUGAGGUGAAUAUCCCCAUCCUUCAGUAUGGCUCGAGCAGAGCAUUCAGAGCUCCCAGGGCAGAAAUCCUUCCUGCUGAGGCUUUCAUUCCAAAGCUGCGGUCUUCAUUAAAGCUGAACUUUCUGGGUAGCUGAGCUUAUAAGCCAGGCAUAUGAAUAAUCACUCUCUUUGUAACUGUGUGACUCGAGCUCCAUUCUGCCAGAUCCAGGAAACAAUACAUGUGUUCUUGUUUGUGUUUUCCAGGCAAGCAGAUGUCCGAGAUGUGAGAGGCUUUUCUUUUCCUGUGGCAUUGAGUCUAACGUAGAGCUAAAGUAGCGAUCGCUGAAACCUCAUGUUGAGUUAAAAGAACUUAGAGGUCUUUGUCCUUUAGGCAAGACAAGGAGUUACUAAGAAGCACUUCGCUGCAGCUUCCUGUCACAAUAUCAUCUGGAAUCGUUAUCUUUGCCCAGAAAGCCUUAACUUGCUUCUAGAGAAUUCCCUGGUAUUACAGCAAUAUUGUGGCGUUAGAAUUCAAACUCUUCUGCUAUGGAAGGACGAAGUAAAAGCCACUGCAAAACCAGAGAAUCUCCUCAUGUGGCCUGUGCACCCCUCAUGCUCUGCCCCCCACCCAACAGUACAGGUGAUCCUGAGCCUGCCAGUGCUCCUCAUCUCUCACACCUUCCUGUCAUUCUUUGUCUCCUGUUGUUCAAAGCCCCUCUGGAUUACUUGGAUACUUCAAGAGGCCUUGAAAAGUGGCCUGCCUGAGGCAUUUACAGGCCGUGUAAUUAUGGGAAAGAAAAAAGGAGAGGGAGGUACCCACCUCUUCAUAAACUAGGAUUGCUUUUGCCAAAUUGUAUUUGAAACUAAGGAAAGGGGAACUGGCCCCUGCUGGUAUGGAGAAGUAGGGUGCCUUCCAAAACAAAGGCCGCCUCCACUUGCCUGCUCCUGCCUCCAGAGUCUGUGGCCCAGACAUCCUCCUGAAGGAUCCCUUAGGAGUGGGCUGCAGAGUUUAACUGGCCAGUCAUUCCCAGAAAGUAGACAGCUGCUUCUUUCGGAAGAGUCAACGUCUCCUGUUUUCUGAACCCUUUUUCCUAGCAUGUAGGUGGUGAAGUAAGUUUUCUUGUAUCGCUAAUGAAUGAGCUGAUUGUCUAACCAGUGGGUUAAGUCUAACACUCUUAAGUUCCAUAAAAUUCUCAGCUUUUAACUUGACUCCUGUCAUUGAGUCGUGAAGCCUAUAACCCACCUUCUUCCCGUUUUGGUCCCGAUUAGCCAAGAAGUCAACUAUUGCCCUAAGUUGGGGACAGUCCAUUUAUAGCACCUGCAGAAAGACCCGCAUCUCAUGGGCAGUCUCCUUCCAGACCACUCACAUUGAGCAGCCAGCAGUCACCUAGAAUUCUUGUUGACCCCCUUGGUCCCAGCACAAGCUACUUCCCUCCCAGGCUGUCCAGGUGGGUGGACAAAUUUCCUGGGGGUGGGAGUUAGGUUUCGUUUGGUGUUUUGUUUGGGCCUCUUUAGUUUUCCUAAAGCACAAAUCCAUGUAGAAUCCCGUCACCUCUCCACACCAGUUCCAGGUGAUCUGGGUCUCUCCCACUGCCUCAGGAAUACCUUCACUGUACCUGAGCUGUGGACUUCUUUCUGACACUGCAGCUGCCUUAGUCACACCAGGGGUGGGAGAGGGGAGAGGGGGGAGCCAGUGCCAUUUCUCCUGAUCCUGGUUAGACUCCCUUCCUUCAGCUGCAUUCUUACGUUGGCAGGUCUGCUUCCAGAUUGAUUUUUUGAGAACCAUCACUUUCACAUUCCUCUUCUCAUUGGGUUUGGUUUGGUUUGGUUUGGUCUGCGUUUUCCACAACUUAAGAUGCUGCCCUGAAAAUAAUGUACUUUUGCGUUUGUGUUCCGAAAGUCUCCCUGCUGCCACAUCAGAGGGGAAAUACAGGACCCUCCAGCACUGAGGCGUUUCAGAUUUGCAACUAGCAAUGCAAUUUUUUUCUAAAUAUGAGGAUAUUUACCUUUAUUAAGAAAUUAUACUAAACAAGGGUGUUCUUGAUUGUUUUAUGUUUUCAUUUUUGGGUUCUAUUUUGAUUCUGUGUGGUGGUAAACAAAGAUCAUUACAAAAAAAAACUGUAAUUUUGUUAUCUUUGAUUCAGUGGAAUUUCUUUACUUAAAAAAAUAAAGACUAAAAAUGUGG